ACUUGCGCAUCUCAAUCCAGUCUCCCCCGUAAUCCUCGAACAACCAUAUUUCGCCAGCCGCGAUUCCGGUUUAACCUUUCAUCAUGAACCCCGAAUACGACUAUCUCUUCAAGCUUCUCCUCAUCGGUGACUCCGGUGUUGGAAAGUCUUGCCUGCUGCUGCGGUUUGCCGACGACACAUAUACCGAGAGUUACAUCUCCACCAUCGGCGUUGACUUCAAAAUCCGUACUAUUGAGCUCGAUGGAAAGACCGUGAAAUUGCAGAUCUGGGAUACUGCCGGCCAAGAACGCUUCCGGACCAUCACCUCGUCUUACUACCGUGGCGCCCACGGUAUCUGCGUCGUCUACGAUGUGACCGACAUGGACUCUUUCAACAACGUCAAGCAAUGGCUACAGGAGAUCGACCGCUAUGCCACCGAGGGGGUUAACAAGCUUCUCGUUGGUAACAAGAGUGACAUGUCGGACAAGAAGGUCGUCGAGUACACCGUCGCCAAGGAAUUUGCCGACAGCCUGGGCAUCCCAUUCCUCGAGACUUCGGCCAAGAACGCGAGCAACGUCGAACAGGCCUUCCUGACCAUGGCCCGCCAGAUCAAGGAGCGGAUGGGUACCACCACCGCCAACAACGAGAAGCGAAGCGUGCAAGUCGGCCCUGGACAGAACGUCUCAGCGUCCCAGGGUGGCGGCUGCUGCUAAGUUGAACGCCCCCCUGACAAGCUUGAAGCGCUUUCGUCCUUGCGCAUAUCCU